AUGCAGACUCUCACCUGGACAAUCCUUUCCUGUUCACCCUGUACACCUCAGACUUCCAGUAUAGUUCCAGGUCCUGCCACCUGCAGAAAUACUCUGACGACUCUGCUGUGGUCGGGUGUAUCGGAGAGGGACGGGAAUUGGACACUGAUCGCUGACUUUGUGGAGUGGUCUAAGGCGAACCAUCUGGUCCUUAAUGUGGACAAGACCAAGGAGCUGGUCAUCGACUUCAGGAAGAGAGUGACCCCGGUGGAGCCCAUCAAGAUCCAGGGCCGGGAGGUGGCAGUAGUGGAGCAGUACAAGUACCUGGGAGUCCACUUGAACAGCAGACUGGACUGGAAGGACAACUGCAAAGCUGUUUACAAGAAGGCCAUCAAGGCAAAGGUGGUUUCAAAGGCGACGGCCGGUGAAUUGAAGUACGACAUCACGUAUGACAUCAAACUGACCAAGAUACUGAAAGGUCCUAUCAGGCACUAUGAUACCAUCUGCACUGCAUCCUCCUCUGCAGCAUGUGGUGUGACUCUGAACAAAGGUGUAGAAUAUUUCAUCACAGGCCAACUGAAGCCUGACGGGUCGCUGCGUGUUUCAUCCUGUAAUUACGUUGUACCCUGGAAGAGCAGCCAUGAUAUCCUGGUAGAACACUUUAUGAUGGGCUGUGAUUGCAAGAUCACUCGCUGCUCCUCUGUGCCGUGCGGGAUCGGCAGCCCAACUGAGUGCUUGUGGAUAAAUACAAUUGACGAGCAGAACAAGCAAUCUGCUUGCAUCAAGAAAAGUGAUGGUUCUUGUUCCUGGUACGGGGAGGAACCUAAUGGCCAUUAAAGACCCUAAACUCUCAAGCAGAAAAUGUCAGAUACAAAAAAAUUAAUUUAAAGAAAUGAAGUGUAUUUUACUGUUGAGGGUUUUUAAAAUGGCAAUUGGUUAAGCCAUUGGUGGUGUCAGGUCUAUUCUACAGAGGCUUAAGCCUCCUAAACUUUUCAGUUUUACUAAAUGCAGGAAUAUGAAUUUAGUGCUUAUUAUCCGUUCUCAGUAACACCCGCAUUACUGUAUGGAAAACCCAGUCCACUUUUUCACGGUUACCUUAGCAAGGUCGUUCAGGAUAUCGUUAAGGCUAGUUCUGUGCGUUGAACACUGCUGGGUAGGUUAUCCUAUUCAGCUUUUUUUUUUUUUUGUCAAAUCUGAUUUUGUAUAGGCCACAUUUUCAAAAAAUUAUGUCCGGACUCCAAUGUGAAUGCAAACUGACCCGAACACAGACAUGGCGGUAUGACGUCACACAUCCUGCAGUGUUUACUGAAGUAAACCUGCUUAAUUCUAGUCUCAGUACUGGUGCAUUUGUGGCUAUUUCAAAGAUUCUGUGCAAUCAAAGGCCUUGUUUACAUUGCAAAUCAGAUUAUUUUGCCCUCAAGUGAUAUUUUUUUUUUUUGCUAGUCUAAACUCUUCAAAGUGAUAAAAUCUGAUCUUUUGGCACCAGUCAGGCCACAUCAGGAGGUAGUCCUGAAUCUGAUUAUCUGAUAUUUUCAAAUGUGACUUCAAUCGAAACGCAAUGUGACCUGAAUGUGACUUUUUUUCCAUCAGCUUAGGGCGAGCUAGGUCAUUCGUGCGCUGGAAAGAAGCAGUCGCCAGCGAAAAUUGAUAUUUCAUCACAUGUGGUUUCGAUAUAUAAGACGACCAAGUUUUCGAUCCAUCACUUGUCAAUAGUGCGCAAAUAGGCUAUAAGUAAUAUUUGAAUUCCGAAGAAAUAGAGA